GAACUCCUUCAUCAUCGGGUGAAGUAUUUGAUUUGGGAUAUAACUGCUGGAUUUUCAACAAUGGAAUGUUAAAUGAAAUUAGGGGCAAACCUCAUGAUAAUUACAACGCGCGUCGAAUCGAAGUGAAAAUGGCAAAUGAGAUUCGGUUCUUCGAAUUGAAUACCGGAGCUAAGAUGCCGUCGGUGGGUCUCGGCACCUGGCAGGCUGAACCUGGUCUCGUCGGUGCUGCCGUAGAUGCCGCUAUCAAGAUUGGUUACCGUCAUAUCGAUUGUGCUCAAGCUUAUAACAACGAAAAGGAGAUUGGUUCAGUAUUAAAGAAGCUCUUUGAAGACGGAGUGGUCAAGCGCGAGGAUUUGUUUAUUACCUCCAAACUCUGGUGUUCUAAUCAUGAUCCAGAAGACGUGGUAAAGGCACUGGAAGGAACUUUGCAGGACCUGCAGCUUGAUUAUAUUGAUUUAUAUCUUAUUCAUUGGCCGGUAAAGAUGAAGAAGGAGUCGGUCACUCUUGAGCCUGAGAACUUUGAUCAACCAGAUAUUCCUAGAACAUGGAGGGCAAUGGAAGCGCUCUAUAAUUCUGGCAAGGCUCGUGCUAUUGGCUUGAGUAACUUCUCCACAAAGAAACUGGCGGAUUUGCUAGAGGUGGCACGUAUUCCUCCUGCUGUGAAUCAGGUGGAAUGUCAUCCUUCGUGGCAGCAGGCCAAGCUACGCGAAUUUUGCCAGUCCAAGGGAGUUCAUCUAUCUGGAUAUUCACCUUUAGGAUCCCCUGGCACCACAUGGCUGAAGAGCGAUGUCCUCAAGAAUCCAGUCCUGAAUAUGGUUGCUGAGAAAUUGGGGAAAACUCCUGCUCAAGUUGCUCUUUGCUGGGGCUUGCAAAUGGGCCAUAGUGUGCUUCCUAAGAGUACAAAUGAAGAAAGGAUUAAGGAGAACUUUGAUGUAUUCCAAUGGUCUAUUCCAGAUGACUUGUUUGCCAAAUUUUCUGAAAUUGAGCAGGCAAGACUGAUAACAGGCACUUUCUUUGUCAGUGAGAAAUUUGGCCCUUACAAGAGCAUUGAGGAGCUGUGGGAUGGCGAAAUCUAAGCCAUCACUGCUGUUGGGAAACCUACGAUGAGUAAUUGAUUCAAUAUGCAUCAGCAGCAAUGCAUACUUUAUGAUUUGCUUUUAUUAUUAGAGAUUGCAGAAUAAUAAUUUGAUAAGCGGAAAUUUAGAUGGGGCAGUUUCUAAUCGUAAUUGAUUGAUGAUUAACAGAUUGAAUCUCUUUAAUAGUAGCCAUGUGCUUCUGUUAGUCAUUCUGUGAAGCUGUCACGUGUGUCAUUGGAGUCUUUGUACAUCUCUGUCCAUUGGUUAGUUAAUGAAUUCAGUUACUCCUUGAUUCUCUUC